GAAAAAAUGUCGCAAAAAAUUAAAAAAAGAAAUCCUAACUUUUCAUCGAGUGAAAAAUCAUUGCUCCUUCAUUGUGUGUAUGAAGAAAGAGGAGUAAUAGAAAAUAAAAAAACUGAUGCUGCAACUUGGAAGGAUAAAGAAAGUGCUUGGCUACGUAUCGAAACAAAUUUCAACAGUCAAUCCGGAGCUUCCUGCUAUAGAAGUGGCGAAUCACUUAAACGGUUCUAUGCAAACUACAAAGGGGAAACCAGGAAGGAAGCUGCUCAAGAAAAAUUUUCAUGUUUGCAAACUGGAGGUGGAAAGCAGUUCAAACCAACGGACCCAAAUUUCGAACUUGCUAUCUCCAUUAUGAAUCCAAAAACGGUUCAUGGUUUGGAGAACGAGUUUGAUGGAGAUAGCCAAUCCAAUGAACGAAAUGAAAAUAUUGAUAACAACCCAAACCAAAACAACGACUGGAGCAGUUAUAAACCGUCUAUGUUAAAAAAAGGUAUUAAUCCCAAACUGAAACCCCCAGUACAAUCAACUUGUGAUCCCAAAUUAAGUGAGGCUAAUGAAUGAAUUUCCGGUGAGGAUGUUGAAAAAGAAAAAACACCAAAAGUGAUUAUGUCAAAAGGUUUUAAAAAAUCUUUUGAAAGCAUUGACCAAGAGACAAAUACACCUUGGAUGUCUAGAAGAAGACCCGUUGCUUCAAGUGUACCAAACACUAAAAUAACAGAGCAGUAUACUGAACUAUCAAGAAUUAAAAUAGAACUUGCCAAGUUGCAGUACGAUACUCUGAAAGAAGAAGCCUUUGACAACAAGUACCAACGAAAUAUCGAGCAUGAGUUGAAGAAAAAAUCCAUGGAGCUAGAUAUUCAAAUUAAGACUGAACUUUUAAAAAAGAUUAAAAAAGAAAGCUGCACCGCCAAGGAUGCCCAAAAUGUUUUAAAGGAAAUUGAAGUUUAUUUUGAUGAGAUCAGCCAAAACUAAACAAUAAAUAGUCGCAGAACCUACCUUUAUGCAUGUUUUUAUUUUGUCCAUACAAAUGUUUGUAUGUAUGUACAUAGGGAUUUUCUGAAUUUUAAUUUUGUAUGUUUGUUGUUUUUAAAGAUUUUAUUGUUUCUGUGUAUGAAUUAUUAA